UAAAAUUUCUGAAUUUCGAUUCCUAUUUGUCUAUCGAUCUCAGAUCUUCAAUCUUGUUAUCUUAAACAGCUGUUCGUGUUAUCAUAAAAUGUGGUGAUAUAACUUGUCCUAUAUAAUUCCAAAUUGCUUGCCAUUUGUUUGCGCUAGAAAUCCCUUCAAGUUUGUAAAUAUUAAAUUUUAUAAAUACUCUUUGAGUUUCCUUAUUUUCGUGUAGUUAUGUUAAAGUCAGUGUCUAACUUCCGAAAUCCUAUAACACUACAAUUAUCUCGCUAUUCAGCUCGAUUUUUGCACGUUGGCGAUGCAGAUGUUUUGCCUACCUCAGUUGAUAAGUGCUCUGAAGAGUUUAAGGGAAAUGUUGUUGAAAUGACUAAAUUGGUAAACGAGUUGAAUGGCAUCACUCAACAGGUCCUUACUGGUGGAGGAAGCACAGCCAUUGAACGUCACACUUCACGAGGAAAACUCUUGCCUAGGGAACGCAUCAAUUUGCUGCUUGACAAGGCGUCAUCAUUUUUAGAACUAAGCACUUUGGCGGGUUAUGAGUUAUAUGGAAAAGACAUUGUAAAUUCUGGUGGUAUAGUCACUGGUAUAGGCAGAAUAUGUGGCGCAGAAUGCGUUGUAGUUGCUAAUGACGCAACGGUAAAAGGUGGGUCUUACUAUCCUAUUACUGUGAAAAAGCAUUUACGUGCACAGGAAAUUGCACAAGAAAAUCGUCUUCCAUGUGUCUAUUUGGUUGAUUCCGGUGGUGCUAAUUUACCACGUCAAGCGGAGGUAUUUCCCGACAAGUUGCAUUUUGGACGCAUUUUCUACAAUCAAGCUAAUAUGUCAGCAUUGGGCAUUCCACAAAUAGCAAUUGUAAUGGGUAGUUGUACAGCCGGUGGUGCCUAUGUACCUGCAAUGGCUGAUGAGAGCAUAAUUGUAAAACGGCAAGGAACAAUAUUUUUAGCUGGGCCACCCUUAGUGAAGGCUGCUACAGGAGAAGAAGUUUCCGCCGAGGAUUUGGGUGGUGCUGAUUUACAUUGCAAAACUUCUGGCGUUACUGAUCAUUAUGCAGUGGAUGAUGAGCAUGCACUUUAUUUGGCUAGACAAGUGGUACGAAAUCUUAAUUUACCCUCUACAAAUAGUUACAACGAAAAACUGUUAUACUCAAGUCAAAUGGCGAAUAAAGCAAACAAUGCUAAGGAUACCGAAUAUGUCGAAGAACCCAAAUACGAUUCACAUGAUUUGUAUGGCAUUGUGGGCACAACUUUGACCAAGAGUUUUGAUGUACGCGAAGUUAUAGCUCGAAUAGUAGAUGGAAGCCGUUUCACUGAAUUCAAAAAGUUAUACGGCGAUACAUUGGUUUGUGGGUUUGCAAAACUAUAUGGACAUACAGUGGGCAUAAUUGGAAAUAACGGUGUACUUUUUUCGGAAAGUGCUUUAAAAGGUGCUCAUUUCAUACAAUUAUGUGCACAACGCAAUAUACCAUUGGUAUUUUUGCAAAAUAUAACAGGUUUUAUGGUCGGACGGGAUGCAGAAGCAAAUGGUAUUGCGAAGAAUGGUGCGAAAAUGGUUACAGCUGUGGCUUGCGCAAAUGUACCGAAAUUCACCGUAAUCAUUGGAGGUUCUUACGGCGCUGGAAACUACGGAAUGUGUGGACGCGCAUAUUCACCACGUUUUCUUUAUAUGUGGCCGAAUUCUCGUAUCUCCGUUAUGGGCGGCACUCAGGCAGCCAAUGUGCUUGCGCAAAUAACCGCAGAUCAACGGAAACGAGCGGGAAAAAGCUUUACAGAGGAAGAAGCUAAUCAAUUAAAGGCACCUAUUAUAGACACUUUCGAAAAGGAGGGUUCACCUUACUAUAGCACAGCUCGUUUAUGGGAUGAUGGUAUCAUCGAUCCGGCUAACACACGCCAAGUGUUAGGCUUAAGCUUAAAAGCGGCCUUAAAUAAUGCUGGUCAAAGUACACGAUUCGGUGUAUUCCGCAUGUAAAACAGUGGUGAUACGAACACUUGUUGCAUUUAUUUUUUGAUACAAUUUGUACAUUUUGCGAAUAGUCAUUGUGGAAAUUUGUUGCAUUUAUUAGAAUUAAGAUCAAUGUUUUAUAAACAAUUUUUAUUACAUUUAACAGUAAUUAAGAGGUACUAAAUACAUACAAUUUUGGAAAUAGAGGAAUAUUUUUAUAGCUAAAGAAACCAAUUUAAAUUAUAUAAUCUUUUAUCG